GCAGGAGCAGUCGGGGGACCCAGCCGUGGAAGGGCGCACCCCGGACCUGGCGAGCCUUAACGAGGGUGGGCCGACUGAGCGCCCCCUGGGGUCCCGGAGAUACGAGGUCCUGAGGCGGUAGGAGGACCGGGCGCCAACACCGCCGGCUCCGCGCCUGGGACUCCGCGCUUUGGCGGUCUGGCGGGCGUUUCCUUCAGCCCGCGAUCCGCUGCUGUGCUGGAGAGCGGCGGGGUGAGACCCCGCGGCGCGCUGCACCAGCCCUCAGUUACCUGCUAAGCACCUUCGCAGCGAUUCUGGAGGGGGCAUGUUUCAGGUGGGCAGGGUCAGCAUCCCUAAGCCUGCCCCCCGGAACCUGGAGGACCUGGACUCCGUGCAGCGUGUCCUGUUACACAGUGACCUAGAACCUGACUGGCUAGAUAGUGUACAGAAAAAUGGAGAGCUGUUUUAUUUGGAAUUGAGUGAGGAUGAAGAAGAAAGCCGCCUCCCUGAAAUACCACCAACAGUGAACCAUGUCAGAUUCAGUGAAAAUGAGAUUAUCAUUGAAGAUGAUGAUUACAAAGAGAGAAAAAAGUAUGAACCCAAACUCAAGCGGUUUACCAAAAUUUUAAAAAAUAAAAGACUUUUACCCAAGCGCAAUAAAAAAAAUAGCAACGAUAAUGGGCCAGUAUCCAUUUUAAAACAUCAGUCCAAUCAGAAAACAGGGGUCAUUGUUCAACAAAGAUACAAAGACGUAACUGUUUACGUAAAUCCAAAAAAACUAACUGUCACCAAAGCCAAAGAGCAGCUCAAACUACUGGAAGUAUUGGUUGGAAUUAUCCAUCAGACCAAGUGGAGCUGGAGAAGAACGGGGAAGCAGGGCGACGGAGAGAGGCUUGUGGUCCACGGCCUGCUGCCCGGAGGCUCUGCUAUGAAGAGUGGUCAGAUACUAAUUGGUGAUGUGCUUGUUGCUGUCAAUGAUGUUGAUGUGACCUCUGAAAACAUUGAAAGAGUUUUGUCUUGCAUUCCUGGACCUAUGCAGGUGAAACUGACAUUUGAAAAUGCAUAUGCCAUGAAAAAAGAAAAAACUCAACCAAGAAAAAAAAAAGCACAGUUGAACACAAAUGAUUUAGUCAAACUUCUAUGGGAAGAAGAGGCUGAAGACAACCAGCAGAAUAUCCUUAACACUCCUCACAUUAUCAUGUAUCUCACACUACAGCUCGACUCAGAAACAUCCAAGGAAGAGCAAGAAAUUCUUUAUCAUUAUCCAAUGUCUGAUGCAUCUCAGAAACUUAAAAGUGUGAGAGGGAUUUUUCUCACACUCUGUGACAUGUUGGAAAAUGUAACGGGGACACAAGUUACUAGCUCAUCCCUCUUUUUAAAUGGAAAACAAAUUCAUGUAGCUUAUUUAAAAGAAUCUGAGAAGUUGUUUCUAAUUGGCCUGCCUGCUGAUGAAGUUCCUCUUCCUCAACUAAGGAAUAUGAUACAAGAUACUGCUCAAACCUUAAAAUUUAUGUAUGGUUCUUUAGAUAGUGCCUUUUGCCAGGUUGAAAAUGUUCCCCGCUUGGAUCACUUUUUCAACUUGUUCUUUCAAAGAGCACUUCACCCUGCUAACCUACAUUCCAGUGCCAGUCCCAGUGUUCAACAAUAUGAUGCUGCCAGCGCAGUACUUUUAGACAAUCUCCCUGGAGUUCGGUGGCUCACACUUCCACAGGAAAUCAAGAUGGAAUUAGACACAGCGUUAAGUGACUUGGAGGCUGCAGAUUUUGCAGAACUGUCUGAAGAUUACUAUGACAUGAGACGGCUAUAUACAAUUUUGGGGUCUUCUCUAUUUUACAGGGGCUACUUGAUAUGCAGUCAUUUGCCUAAGGAGGACCUUAUUGAGAUUGCCCUUUACUGUCGCUACCAUGGGCUGCUGCCUUUAGCAGCAAAACAAAGAAUUGGUCAGUUGAUAAUAUGGAGAGAAGUGUUUCCUCAUCACCACCUCAAACCUUCCUCAGCCUCAAACAUUGAAGUCUUUCAGGAACCUGAAGGAAGAUAUUUUUUGCUAAUUGUUGGAUUGAGACAUUAUAUGUUAUGUGUACUAUUAGAAGCUGGAGGCUGUGCAUCCAGAGCUAUUGGAAACCCUGGUCCAGACUGUAUAUAUGUGGAUCAAGUCAGAACUACUCUUCUUCAGCUAGAAGGAACAGAUUCCCGCAUAGAUGAACGGCUAGCAUCUUCUCCAGGCCCAUAUGUAUCUUGUGCUGACUGGUUCCUUGCUGGGUCACAAGAUAAAACGGAUGGUUUAGCCACUUCACCUAUCCUUAGUAGGCUACAAAGUACUUCCAAAGCUGCAACCUCUCCAACAUGCAGAAGAACCCUUUUUGGUGAUUAUUCCUUAAAGACACGGAAGCCUAGUCCCUCCCGAAGCAGCGGAGGAUCUGACAAUGGUUGUGAAGCCAGAGAAGGUAUUGGCCUUAGCCCUCACCCCACACCUGAUGUAGUAAGGAAGCAAAGAGAAUCUCAGGGCUAUGACGAUUCAGAAGAAAGUGGGGCCUUGCUUAAGGGCACUAAAAAGAAGUCUCUUCCAAAUCCAUUUCAUUUGGGAAAUUCGAAAAAGGAUCUUUCAGAAAAAGAACUGGAAAUAUACAACACAAUGAAAUUGACAUCUGGUCCUGAGAACACACUUUUCCACUAUGUUGCCUUAGAAACAGUACAAGGAAUCUUCAUUACACCUACUCACGAAGAAGUGGCACAGCUAGGGGGCUCUGUGCACUCUCAACUUAUAAAGAACUUCCAUCAGUGUUGUCUUUCCAUUCGUUCACUUUUCCAAAAGACGUUGGUAGAAGAGAAAAAGAAAGCACUAAAUGGCACAGAUUAUUUGGAUUCUGCAAAUUCAGUAUGCUCUUUGAAUCCUGUGAAAGAACACGGUGUGCUAUUUGAAUGCUCACUUGAAAACUGGACGGAUCAGAAAAAAGCACCACCAGUUAUGGCUUACUGGGUAGUAGGGAGACUCUUUCUUCAUCCAAAACCUCAGGAACUUUAUGUAUGUUUUCAUGACUCUGUCACUGAAAUUGCCAUUGAAAUGGCUUUUAAAUUAUUCUUUGGAUUAACCUUGUAGCUGUGUUUUGAUGAUGUAAACUGACACACGGGUGGAGCAUAAAAUAAUGUUAGUGGUAAUCUAUACACUAAAGGCUUAGCUUCUUUUCACUGUUCAAUACUGAACAUAGUUUUGUUAAAUAUAUAUGCUGUUGUACUUGAUGCAUCAAUCUUAUGUAGUGUUGUGAGACUUGAUACUUGAUGAAAAUAUGAAUGGAUUAUUAAUUUAUUGCCAUCUUGGUACAUUAAUUUAUUGUCUAAUCUGAAAUAAUGUGAAGCGUUUCAUAUAAAAUUAAUAGUGGAAAUGCUUAUUAUGGGGAAAUACCCAUUUUUUGUUUAUUUUUCUAAAACUAAUUUAUAUCUGGUGAAGGAAUCAAGAUAUUGGGAGCAGGUGACCAGGUUCUGUAAAUAGUGUGGUGACAUGAGCAAGUAUUUGUAUAUCUCUGAGCUCAAGAGUUUUCAUGUCCACUAAGAUUACUGCAGUGAGGUUUUGAAAAUCCUCUUAAGUAAAAAAGGUGCUGUUAUUUUGUUUUCCUUGCCUAGUGGUCAGUACCUAAAUUUGUAACGUCCAUACUGAUUUCCAAACAGAUCAAAUACUUUUCAUUAAAGUAGCUUAAUAGGGAAAAAAAAGUACCUUAAUAGAUACUGCAACUGCAGGGGUAGAUGGGAAAGAUGAAAAGAAAACUUAUUUUUAUUUAUUUGAUAGUCUUCUAAGUAAGCUCAGUUUUUACUAAGAUGUAUUUUUCAAAUUGUAAAUUUUCAUUGUUGUUUCUUUUCAUUGAAGUACAUUCAGCUAGACUUAUUUUAAAUGGUUUAUGAGUUUGGGGAAGUUUAUAUGUAAAUCUUUUUCAAAACACAAUCGUGUUCUCUAGUAAAAUACCAAGUUUUGUCUUACACAUAUGGAUCAUUAUGUAUAGGGCUUUUCUAAAGGGAGAGCACUUUAAUGAAUAAUACUUUAAUUCAUCUUUAAUAGAAAAAAGAAAUUAAUUGGUUGAGAAUUUUCUUUGCUCUGAGAAUUUGGCAUAUUAAGGGAAAGGAAGAUUAAAACAAAUUCUGCAUUUUAAACUGAUAAUUACCCAAUGGAUCCUCCUAUAGACUCAUAUUCCUUCAAAACUUUUCAAUACUGGAUUGUUCAAUCUUCAGAAUUUACAUGUUGGAAAGUAAAUUAUACCAGCCCAUCAAGUAAGUCUCUGCAUUUCCCCCUCCUCACAAGCUUCAACUAAUUGCAAGACAGCCUGCAACUUUUGAGUUAAUUAGAAGCAAUAUUACCCAUGUCAUCAGUUUAAAUAUUGUCAGCUAGGUGUUUAAGAUACAAACCAUAGCACAUAUAUCUCGUUAAUGACUUGUGGGCCUUAAUUUUGGCAUCUAAUUCAGGAUAAGAAACUUUGGUUCUUCAACUGUUAACUGAAGUAUAGCUUGUAAUAUCCUCCCCAUAAGAUCACAAUAUUAAAUAAGUGGUAACUUCUGUCUUAUGUGUGCAUAUAUAUGUAUUAAAGUACCUUGUUCGAAUGUAUUUAUUAAAAUUUUGGAUAUGACCCCCGAAAACACUACAAACUGCUAAUAAUUAUUAUUAAAUGUAAUUGUUGAUCACCUCAGGUUUUCACUGAUAAAAUUAAGACUUGGGAUUUGAAUAUAGGGAACCUUUUUGCUUCAUUUUAUACUCUGAUCUGCUAAUGCUUUCACAUCAAAGAAUCGUGAGACCUCCACUCAGUGAGUGGAAUAGAAAUGCAAAGUAGGCUGCUGAUCUUAGGAGGAUCAUUUGCUAUAUUGUACAUAUGCACUGUAUUUUCCAUGUUUCAGAGGCAUUGCUUUUGGGAGGGGGGUGAACCUGGGGCCUUCUCAUUUAUCUACAUCCUACCAUCAUUUUUUUUUUUUAAGACAGGGUCUUGCUAAGUUGCCCAGGCUGAGCCUGAAUUUGUGAUCCUCAUAUCUCAGCCUUCCACAGUGCUGGGAUUAUAGGCAUCUAGCGGGCAUUGCAUUCUUAACAAGUAAAACUAAACAUUAUCUUGGUUUUCAUCUCUAAAUGAAUACUGAAGGGAGCAUUAUAAGUAAAUUUAGCUGACUGUUUUUCCAACUAUGUUGAGAUUUACAUCUGCAAGUAGAUCAACCUCAUGUUUAGACAAUACAGUGCCUGUUUAUCACUUUACUAAGUCUUUACUUAGGAAAAUAAAGUGACAGUACAGAUACCCCAAUAGCCAUUAUUUAACAGAAACUAUAACUGGAUUUUAUUAGCAUCAUCUUAAUCCUCUGUUCCACCAGACUAUUGAAAAAAAUGUACAACUAGUAUUUUAAACACCAAGUACCAUUUAUCAUAUUUCUUAGCCUCAGAGAAUUACAUUUUAGACAUUUUUCUCUCCUCCCUUCUUUUUCUUUUCCUCUUUGUUUAGGUUUUGUUUUUAUCGUGUCUGAGACCUCUACCUAGUAAAGGAACAUUUCUUUCUUGUGCCAAGGGUCUAUUAAUGAUGAUGUAUACUGACAAGAUAAUUUUGCAGUACCUGCCUUUUUAUAUAUCUAAUAUAAAUGGAGAAAGCUGUACGAUCAAUUCAUUAGGUUUGUCUUUUUUGAACAUUAUUUCUUGUUUGCUCUAAUUGCUUGUAGUCUCUAAUGACUAGUAUGUAAUGUGUGCUAUCAAAGUAUUAGCUAUUACUAUUAUUUAUUAUUAGAUAUACAGUGGUUGAAAAACAGAGAAUCAGCUAAACCAUACCUGCUGCUACAGUGUGUUGGAAAGUGAAAAAUUAUAUUCAUCACUAACCAGUUUUGAGAACAAGGAUUCAUACUUUGAAUAUUUUAAAAUAUUAAGUGGUAUUAAACCUUUAUAUAUACUAAACUGUGUGAAAUAAUUUAAUUUUAUAGUUUUAUUUCUAUAUUCUAUAUAAUUAAACCUAUUUUUAUACUGUGUUGAUAGUUUUAAAUAAAAUGGUUUGGAGGCUUGUGUGCA